CGGGGCGGGCCGCGCAUGCGCGGGACAGCGGCCGCGGCGCUGCCGGAGGCGGCCGCGGGAGGCAGCGGCGUCGGCGGGGACGGCGCGGGGGUGGAAGGAGGAGCGCUGCAGAUUUGGGACUGUGCACUUCUGCCUGUUUCCCUCUGCCCCGUCCCUGCAGCAGCCCCAGGCACGACACCCCUGUGCAAGCUGUGUGCCAGGGAAGCCAGGUGUAUUGCAACCUCCACGAUUUGGUUGGGACCCUCUUCACUUGGGUGCAGAAAGGGCACAAAGACGACACACACGGCGAAGAUGACGGCCAUCCUGGCGCGGCUCAGCACGCUGUCCCUCAGCGGGCAGCAUCUCAGCCGCCUCCCCAGGCUGCUGGAGGACGGUCUGCCCCAGAUGCCCUGCACGGUCAAGGAGUGCGAGGUGCCGCAGCUCUUCCGCGAGCCGUACAUCCACAGCGGGUACCGGCCCACCGGCCAGGACUGGCGCUACUACUUCCUCAGCCUCUUCCAGAAGCACAACGAGGUGGUCAACGUGUGGACUCACCUCCUGGCAGCGCUGGCGGUGCUGCUGAGGUUCAAGACCUUUGCGGAGGCCGAGCAGGUACCCGUGGACGCAUGGUCCUUGCCUUUGCUCGUCUUUGUCCUCUCCUCCGUCACCUACCUGACCUGCAGCCUCUUGGCCCACCUCCUGCAGUCCAAAUCGGAGCUGUACCACUACACCUUCUACUUUGUGGACUACGUUGGAGUCAGCAUCUACCAGUACGGCAGUGCCUUGGCCCAUUUCUACUACAGCUCCGACCAAGCCUGGUAUGACAAAUUCUGGCUUUUCUUCCUGCCGGCGGCUGCUUUCUGUGGCUGGUUGUCCUGUGCCGGCUGCUGCUACGCGAAAUAUCGGUACCGCCGGCCUUACCCCGUCAUGAGGAAGAUGUGCCAGGUGAUCCCAGCAGGGCUGGCGUUCAUCUUGGAUAUCAGUCCCGUUGCCCAUCGGGUGGUUCUGUGUCACCUGGGAGGCUGUGAGGAAGAUGCCGCUUGGUACCAUACGUACCAGAUACUGUUUUUCCUCAUCAGCGCUUAUUUCUUCUCCUGCCCUGUCCCUGAGAAGUACUUCCCUGGCUCCUGUGAUAUCAUUGGCCAUGGCCACCAGAUCUUCCACGCCUUCCUGGCCAUCUGCACCCUGUCACAGCUGGAAGCCAUUCUAUUGGAUUACAAGAACAGGCAGGAGAUUUUCCUGAAAAGACACGGGCCUUUCUCCAUUUAUCUCUCUUGCGUCUCUUUUUUUGGCCUGGUGGCUUGUAGUGCCAUCACAGCUUACAUCCUGCGGUGCAGGAUCAAGGCCAGCCUGGCUAAAAAAGACUCCUGAGAGUCACAAAUGUGACAUCACCAGGGUGGUGAAAAAUCAAGAAAAGGGGCAUAACAUAUUAGAGACAUAACUGGCUUCUUUGCCUAACCCGCUGUGACUAACAUGGACCCGGGACUUGGGUGGAGGGCUGGAGAUUUCAUGCUGGAUGCAUUUUCACAGCAGGAACUUGCCUUUUGCCAUCCAGGGGAAAUGGGGUGUUUUAAGCCAGAACUAAUCAUUGAACCAAGGAUGCCGGAAUAGGCAGAGGUUUCUUGUUCAAGCUGUGGGGUGUAUCUUGCUGAAUGUCAGGGGAGGCAACCGGAAGGUUGUGAGCAUGUAGAAGGGGCUCACAAGGCAGUGGAGAACAUACCUUGAGGACCACAGCUGCAUGUGAUGACCUCUUUGGGUUUUGCCAUCUCUGCUGUCUGUGGGAGAUCUGUUUUAUGAAAGGUAGUGGCAAGGUUUCAGGAGGAGUCUACAUUUCUAGGGUUCCGGUGCAAGGGUGUGCGGGGCACAGUGGUUGGUAGGAUCCUUUUCCAGUUGGGUUAAGCCAGGUUCUCUCUAGGGUCCCUUUGUCUAGUAUCUCAACGCCAGGUUGCUGAGGUGGCUUUGGCAAAGCAUGUUUGGAGACUUAGGCCUGGCCUGGGGUCCUGUAGGACAAACUGGAUCUGAACGUGAGCCCUGUGUCUGCUGGUGGAGAUGUUAGCUCAGCUCUAUCUUCUCUUUCUGUCUGACCGCAUCAGCUACAGUGGAGCUGCUCACCAAAACGACGCAGCCGGACUGUCCCAAGGGUUACCAACAGGACAUGGGUCUUUCUCAGCAGCUGGAAUUUCACCUAAGGUCGUGGUAGUGUUGACAGCCAUUUGGUAGCCUAUACGACAGGUCUUCAAGGCUCCUCACUUCCAUUUGAAGCGCUUGGUUGCCUUUGAGGAGCUGGGCCUGGGUCAGGCUGGAGAUGGCUUUGAGUCUUCCCCAAUGGCAGAGGUUGAGCACCCCUGAGGCCACCCAUGUUCAGGGUGCUGGUCCCAGGAGGGGUGAUGCUUUCAGUGCAUCAUUUUGGCUGCUUCUGUGACAGGUUCAUGCAUUCCUGCAUUGACUGCAUCAUCUAAGGACUCGGACUGAGCUCCAGCACUGUCCAUUCAGUGUAGAGUAACCUGGCUGUGACCUGUCUGGUACGUGAAAGGCUCUGGGCCUCCAACAACCGUACUGCAGUCAUGGGCAAGUGAAGUAGUCUUUAUUCCCCUCUUAAUGGUGCUUUUCAGAACACCAAGCAGUCCUUGGUGGGCCCCAUAGGAAGGCUGACCUUGAAGCUGCAGACUUGCUUUUCUCUGACCAGCGGGUCUGUGAAUCUGGCACGUUUUAUCAGCACUAGACGAAGGUUUAACAGCAAAAGGCAGGAGCAGAGUGACAGCAUCAGGGUCCUGUGCAACCUUGGGAUGGGUUUCUCCUUGAGACUUGGAGAUUCCUGUGCCGAGUGGCAAAGAUAGUGGUCAGGGACGCUCCAUGUCCGUGGGUCAGUCCUGUCCAUGGUGUAGAAAGGACUGAUUUACUGUUUCCCUCACCAGACGAGUCUCUUCUGUGCCUGCUUGGGAGGAACUUCAGUUGCACUGAAGUUGGUAGCACUUGCAGGACAGGAUGCUCAGAGCCAGUGCAGAAAUAUGGUCCUAGUCAGCUCACGCACCUUCUGUUUGACCCACUGCUUAGUAAAGCCUGGCACAGCUCCUCCCAGCUGUACAUUGUGCAAGACCUGCAGCCUCAAACACUUCCACAUCGGGCAGAUUCCUAGAAGGUAUAAAUCUUUGCUGAAAGCAAAGCAGCCAUGGGAUCUCUGCCAGCCACAGAUUGGUCUCGUUGAACCCAAGGGCAGGCAAAUGAAUUGUGAUUGCUGGUUCUGAGCAGGCAGAGUUGAGGGUUGGGGUAUGAUUUGUCGUGACAAGCACUGAUUUCUGCACUUGAUCUGUUUUUUUUAACUAUUGAUAUGUGUGUGUUUGUGUACGUGUGUGUGUGCAUGAUUUAUUAUCCAGAAAGGCUUUGCCUUUGGCUUUUAUAUGUGCAGAGCAUCCUAGUUGGGUCAAGAUUAGCCUGAAGGAAACAGUGCUAUGGUACUGGAGGAGCAAGGUGGGCCAGACAACAAGUGUCUCUGAAACGGAUCUGUUAGUCAGUGCUUUGCUGUGUUUCGUGUACUAAUUUGAAACUCAUGGCCCUAUCAACAAAUUAAAUACAGAGGGAGAAGGAAGGAAGUUUUGAGUACAAGAGAAGAAAUCAUAGGGGAGCCUUCAGGUCGUAUAGUCCACGCUUUCUCAUCACUCUUGGCCUCCUGGUUUACAUCCAGGCUAGCUGAGAAGUUAAUUACUUCAUUUCCUACGGUGUAAUUUGAUGGUACAGCCAUGCUGAUCUAACAGUAAAUGUGCCUCGGGGGAGCGGCAAGCAGAGAUGGUCCCACUUACACCUCAUCAUUCCCCUUCCCUUGCACAGAAGCUCAUCUGACCGCAGAGCGAGCCGAUGCCAGGAGAUGGACCGGCAGAAAACCAAUCCUGCUGAAAAAACGUCAUUUUUGCUGGUUUUAACUUGGAGAAUUCUGCUGCCUCCAGGCAGCUUGCACAGCAGCUGGUUGCUCAGUUAGCUCUGCUGCACCGAUGGGCUGCUCCCUCCGUGGUCUCUGUGGCUUUGCUGGUGCGUUUCCUCCCAGCUUGAGGAAAGAGUUCCAGUGGCAGCAGUGAUUUUUUUCUCAUAGCCUGAUUUGCCUUUUGUGGUAGAUAAAGCAGAAUAAGCCACUGAGUGUGAAUCUCGCUGGAUGGCAUCAGUGGGGUCCUGUGCAGGGAGUAAACUGGGCUGGUCCAGAGCUCCUUUCUGGGUGAAAACUGGGAAGGAAUGGGCAUCAUUGCUGACAGCAAACCCUGCUCUGCUGCCACCUGGAGUCAUACUGGUACUAAAGGAAGGGGUCACCCAGGUGUUUCCCUGUCUAAGGGUUUGAAAAUAGAUGAUGUGUCCUGCCCUUGUCGAAGGAGGAUGGGUACAGUAACACCCUCUGGUUCAGGGACAGGGAGAGGAGGUGCCCCCAUGGCUCUUCUGAGGUAUUUCUGGUCAUAUUUCUUCUCCUCCUUGGUCCAGCAGAAGUGAAACUUCUCCUUCUGAAGCCAUCAUGUGACAGUGGUGGUGUUUUCCAUAUUCUCGUGUGACCCCUUGGGUGAAGCUGCUCACGUCUCCGUGUGGCCCUGCUCUCAGGCCUGGAGCUGACCUCCUGUUACCAUGAUGGGCUGAUGGAGCAGGGGAUCACCACACACAUCGCUGCUGCUGUGAGGAUGCACCCUUGUGUCACAAGGCACUCCGCAACACUGGAGCUUCCUUCAUCCUGGUCUCCAUCCUCCUCCUCUUCCUCCAACUGGCUUCUUUCUUUCCCUCAUCCCCAGAUUUCGUGCUUGUGCCUUAUGCACCUGGCUGCCUACAUGGGAAGACCCCACAUGCCGUGGAGUCUGCUGCAUCUCAACCGGGCACUUCUCAAAGUCCUGCCGUUCACACAGGGGAGACCAGGGCUGGGUCCAGAGAGAGUAAAAGUGCCGCUGUGAUAAAUGCUGA